AUGUCUUCAUCCAAUUAUAAAUUCAAAUCAGUAUCAACUGAAUAUUGGUUCCCAAAUUAUAAUGAAGAUGGAUUUUUUGAAGAAAUUGUUUGCGAAGAUGAAAAUGAAGAUAAUUUUGAUGAGAUGGAAGAAAAAGAAGAUUUAGAAAAAGGAGAAUUUGAUGAGAAAAGUAGAAAAAUGGAAAAUGAGAAAAUUUUAGAAGUGGAGGUUAAAAUAGAAGCAAAAGGAGUUAAUGGUGAUGAAGAAAAACUUUUGAGAGAAGAAAAAGAGGAAAAAGAAGAAUUAGUAAAUACUAAUGGUGAAGUACUCAAAGACGUAGAAUUCGAAAAAAAUCAAGUUAAAGAAAGUAGGAAAGAAAUAGAUAGUGAAGUGUUCACAAAAGAAGAAAAUAUCAGAGUUGAAUUUGGUGGAGGAAUUGAAAAUCUUGUUGAAGAAAUAUUGAGGAAUUUUUCUAUAUGA